AAUCAUCGUCAAGUUAAAUUUGCUUAAUUGAAUGUGUUCAAUAUACGUAUAAGUACACAUGAUUACAUCUGAUACAUUAAAUGAGAUUCAUAUUUUUUCUCCCAUUCUUUCCAUUUAGAGCUACUCAAGCGAAGCGUGUUUGCAGAAUCGCAACUUUGUGGGAAAUUUGAAGGCACCAGCACUAAAACCAGCCUGAUGCACUAUGAACUUCGGUUCCCCAUCGAUGACGAGGACGGUGUUGAAUUACUGGAAACAAUGGUUCAGUGCAACGAUAGUGUGCGGCGCGAAUACGUAGACUAUCUGCGGUCGGUAGCAAAAAACAAAGCAGACAUCAUGUCGGUUUUUGGUAAAAUAUUCACCGAUAAAGCCAUGUACGCGUACAACUACUCUGGCAUCUGCAACCGGGGACCUCGACGUAAGCCGAUGUUAAAGUAUGAAAUCUUUACACUCUGCAUGUUGGAGGCAUGGAAAGCCAUCGGAGUUGAGGAAGACAUGCUGCGCGACACGUUAACAGUUAUAAUUAAGAAAAUCAAUGGACGAAAACGCAACCGAAAGUACUUCCAGAAGCGUCGCAUAAAUCGAGAUCUCUUGAUAAUGGACAGUGUGGAAGUUGAUUCUAGCGAUGCGUAACUCGUUGCCCUCACAUACUGCGAACAAAUUUGGUUAAUUUACCGAUGGUUAUGAAAUAAAGCGCUUGUGGUUUCAAUGUUUUAUAAA